AUGUCUCAACAAAAGACAUCCCCACUCAAGACCUACUUCGACGAGCUUGAAGAAACGAAUGGUGAUGAUGAAUGCAGGGAAUGGCUAGACAGUCUUUUCGACGCACGAGCCGAACUAGCAACAUUCGUCGCUACGCGCCGGGAAGGCAGAGGAACCGGAACCUACGUUGAACUUCUCAAAGGCUCCUUCAACUUCAGCUUCCGGUACACCUUCAGCGAUGGACGACCGGACACAUUUAUUCGGUUCCCCAAGCCGGGGCACACUGCUACGGCUUACAGGGAUGAGAAGGUCACAAACGAAGUCCAAGUCAUGGAAUAUCUCCGUCAACACACCGAUAUCCCCAUCCCCCGUAUUCACAGCUGGGGCUUAACCGCCGAUAGUCCACAUAACCUUGGACCAUUCAUCAUCGUGGACUAUGUCACCGGAACCCUUCUAUCAACCAUCUUGAAACAGCCAGAUGAAGAAGACUUGUAUCUAAAUCCGAACAUCGACAACACACUCCUAGACAAAAUCUACUUUCAAAUCGCCCGCUACCUACUCCAAAUUUCCCACCUCACAUUCCCCAAAAUUGGAGCUAUCUCGAAGGACAACACAUCCAACACAUCCAACACAUGGCACGUUCCCAACCGCCCCCUAACCUACAACAUGAACGAGCUAGUUACUGUCUCUGGCUACCCUGCUGAUAAAUGGCCAACUACGCCCUUUGACCGCACCAGCGAUUACCUCGCCUCCCUUGCAAAUGAGCAUCUAACCCAUCUUUGGACUCAGCGGAACCUAGCCGAUGAUCCAGACAUCGCUCAAAACAGGUUCAUUGCCCGCCAUCGCUUCAAACAACUCAUCUCCAAAUACUACCCAACAGAAAACGAACCAUUCAUACUCUUCUGCGACGACAUGCGACCUUCGAAUAUGCUCAUAGACCCAAAGACACUCCAAAUCACUGCCGUUCUGGAUUUAGAAUUCACUAACGCCAUGCCGGCUGGGUUCUCGUAUGAUCCGCCUUGGUGGCUGUUACUUUCUGGGCCGGAAGUGUGGCUUGAGCGUUGUGCAUUGGACGAGUUUCUCAAACUCUAUGAGCCCAGGAUGGAACAAUUCUUGCAUGCUCUAGCAAGGGUGGAGCGCGAGAUUGAGUACAACCAGCCCGGUCAUCUGUCUCUUUCUGCCAGGAUGCGCGGUUCAUGGAGUACCGGUCGGUUCUGGUUCGAUUAUGCGGCAAGGAAGAGCUUUGAUGUUGACCUUGUUUAUUGGGCCACUCUCCAUUCCGCUGGUACUGGUAUUGAAGGGCUUGACGAGAAGGCACGUGCGGAGCUGGAGCCAUUCAAGAGGAUGAAGAUGGAGCAGCUGAAGGCGUACAAGGAAGAGUACUCUGCUCGGUUUUCUUCGGCUAUAUAA